AUGUCCGAAUCGGCGUCCCUCGCAGACAGCUUCGUCGAGCUCGCCGACCCGAGCGCGCGCCGCAAUGUACGGCUGAGGCUCCCGGGACUGCUCAAGGACUUUGUCCUCAGCAUCAAUGUGUUGCUCGUGUUUGUGCCCUUGGGCUUCGUGUCUGUUGCCCUGCGGUGGCAUGACGUGAUCGUUGCAGCAUUCAACUUCCUUGCCAUCAUACCGCUCUCGUGGCUCAUUUCCGAUGCCUCUGACACGAUUGGGACUCACUUGGGAGACUUGGUUGGCGGCCUGGUGAAUGCCACCUUUGGCAACACGGUUGAAUUGAUUGUCGGCAUAAUAGCCAUAUACCACGACGAGCUCCUAGUUGCGCAGUCCAUGAUGCUGGGAAGCAUUCUAUCGGAUAUCCUGCUGGUCCAAGGCUGCUGCAUCGUCAUUGCCGCGCGCACAAAGGGCGUUAUCUGCGUCAACUCCAGCAUGGUCGACUCGCUGUCCUCGCUCAUGCUCCUGGCCGCCAUGGCACUGGCCCUCCCCACCGCACUCUACGCAACCUUGCCCGACGCGGCAGGCCGCAUCGACAUCGACAAGAAGAUCCUCUCCUUUAGCCGCGCAACCGUCGUCGUGCUGCUCGUUGUCUACACGGCAUAUCUCUAUUUCCAGCUCAAGACGCACUCAUCUCUGUUCACGGGCCACGCCGACGACGUGGACGAACACCGGCCUGUCGAUGGACGUCGUGAGCGCCCUACCACGGACAGCCCUGCUCAGCAAAUCGGUGAGGCCCACCCCGGCGAGGGUGAGCAGGACGACGUGCCGUCCAUGGGUGUGGUCUACAAGGCUGGCGCCGUCCUCGUCAUCUCGAGCCUGCUCAUCGGCAGGUGCACGCAUUCCUUCAUGGAAAGCCUCAACGGCAUGACAAAGGCACUCGGCAUUACCAAGACCUUUGUGGCCCUCUUUAUCCUCCCCGUGGCGAGCAACGCACCCGAACUUUCGCAAGUGGUGGCGGCGUCGCGGAAGCAAAAGGUCGACUUCGCCGUCGGCGUCAUCAUCGGCAGCAUCCUGCAAAUCGCGCUCUUUGUCCUCCCCAUCCUUGUCGUCACGGGUUGGGCCAUGGGCCGUCCGCUCGAUCUCUACUUUGAGGUGUCGCAGACCUACAUCCUCCUAUUCGCCGUCGUCCUCGUGAACCAGGUGCUGCACGACAGACAGUACACAUAUCUGCACGGCGUCAUGCUCCUCUGCGUCUACGCCGUCAUCACCAUGGCCUACUUCACCCAGUCCAACAGUUGA